GAUUGUCAACCCAUGGCUUUGCAAUUGUUUCAAAACGCAAGUGCCCAUUCUAGUGUCGGUGAGUGGAAGAAGACAGGAGGCGGCGCCACUCCAGCAUGUCAUCUACCAGCAUCCCUGCAACGACGUCCAGUAGCUCUGAGUGGACGUGCAUGGCCAAGGAUGUAAAUCAAUCGUCGUUCACACCGAUUCGCAUUAUCGUACAGAGCGGUCAGCUCGAGUGCUUGUCGUGGCCAGCUCCUCCUCCACCACCCGUCGGCUCAGCCACUGCCAACAACACCAUCGCAUCUCAUGGGUGCGUCGUGCUGACGUCGCUGUCUGCGUGUCGUCUGUGGCUACAGACUCAACACAACAACAUGACGACUGGUGGCUUGGCCCUCCUCCUUGCGCCGUCCCCCUCGACCAAGUCGGCGACAGAUGACAACUCGACGACUUCCUCCCAGCGUGCCACCUGGAUCCUCGUUGGCGCAGUCGGAACCUUGGCUGUCCUGUGUGUGGUCGUCCUUGUGUGGCGAUGGCACGAACAUGUCAGGAAACCACCAUCCCACCAACCCCAGACCAAAGGAAUGGCGGAUCCGCACCACACGAUCAUCGAGCCCAAUGUGAUGCUAGCUCCGUGUAUGUUCCAGUCUACCCGCCGCCGUCAACCACGACGUCCCGCCAUCCUUCCAUCGUCCAUCACCCGACAAGUCGCCUGUUGGGGGAUCCACCCAACCGCGGCACUUCAAACCAUCCGGGUAUUACACCGAGGACUCCACUGCGUCGUACAUGCCGGAGUAUUCAAUCAACAGACCGUGGCAGUCAAGAGCUUGCACUCCACAAGCUCCAGAAGCAUCCAGUCGUUCGUAGAUGAAAUCAAACUUGUCUGCAGCCUGGACUCGCCGUUCUUGUUGCAAGCAGUGGGCGUCCGCGUGCGGGAUUUGCAUUUAGUCGUAGAGUUUAUGGACUUGGGAGACCUCCAGACGCAUUUGUUACUGCACGUCAAGCGUGCGUCUUGGCCGUCGAAACUCAAGUGGGCGCGCGCCGCCGCGCGCGCCCUCGCGCACCUCCACGGCGUCCACGUCCUGCAUCGACAUGUGAAAUCGCGCCACAUUUUACUGCACUCGUCUGGUCGGGCGGUGCUGGCAGGCCUCGGGAAUGCCGUGAGCACGCUCGCCGCUAGUACUACUACUAGCCCCCCGUCUAGUACCCCACACGGAGCGUCGUUUCGGUGGAUGGCGCCGGAAGUGGUUGCUAGUCGCGCGCCGUACACAGCGGCCGCCGACGUGUUUAGCCUGGGGGUCGUGCUGUGGGAGCUGGACAGCCUCUUGACCCCAUACGCCCGGGAACAAGCGCAAUUUGGCUGGGGCGAUGUCCAUCUUAUGCGGCAGAUCCAGGCACGGCGCGUGAUGCUGGCGUUCUCGACCGAGUGCCCCGGGGGGGUGGUCAGGGUCGCCCUGCAGUGCCUCAGCGCAGACCCGACUCGACGCCCCACCGCCGCCCAAGUGGUCGACAUGUUGAGCCAGCAGGACAUUGCAACGGCGUUCGACACGGUUCCCACGCUGUAUCAUUGAAUUACUGAC